AUGGAGCUAGCCAACACGGUCGUCUCAAAGAAGAGGAUGCGAGAAGUUUCCGUACAGUUUACAGUCCCAUCAGACGCGGAAAAGGAGGGGUGGCAAGCUGUACAACGGCACGCUUCUCACCAAGAGACGGCUGUGAGUGCGUUCCAUUCGAACGUGCCUCUUUCGAGAAAGCAACGACGGAAACAUCUGAGAUCGGUAUCGAAACAGUCCAGUUCUCAACUACUGGAACCUCGACAAGAUACCCAGGAUCGAGCUCCUUCCUGUAGUUCAAGUGGUGUACCAUCUGCCACAACAUCUCCAGAAGAUGAACUCCUUUCCGAUUCAGAUGUCACCACAGAGGCUUCCAAAGCUAUAAAGGUUAACGAAAAAGCUGGCCCAGAAGUCCUCAAACCGAAAGGAAUCAAACAUCUGCGACCUGAACCUCCAAGGCGAACACAAACAGAUGGGCAGCUUUUCUUGACUUCGGUGUUGACAGCUAGUUCUGUCCUCAAAGCCAUACAUUCAUCGCCUUCUCCUCUCCCGCAGACUAUCAGUUACGCCGCUGCAUUGACUGGAAGUAAGACUACACAAGAGAGUAAAGUCAGCUUGGACUGGGUUGAUGCCACCAAGGACAGAAUCGGGAGAGCUAAUGCCUACGAAGAAGCUCUUGUCCAACCUAAUUUUGACAAGCAAGAAGAAAGCGACACCCACACCAGCCCUCAAGAUCUCAGAAGGAAGAAGAGAAUCCGGAUACGAAAGCGGAAGAGCCGACAGAGUACUACUGAGUCGACCGUCACAAGUAAAGAGGACGAUCAAAUCACAUUAGCGGAUACUUCUGCAACCACGCCUACAGAUCGUGGCAGUCCCAUAAAGGAAUAUAGAACACGACAACACUCCAUAACUUUCAGCAUUGCAGAUACAUUAAUCGAAGAAGGAAACUCAAAUUUGGAAGAAGACGCUGGUCCGUCUAACAGAGAAAAUAACAGUCCAAAUAAGAGAAGUAGAAAUAGGAAGCAUCUCUCUCCAAUCACCCCCCGACAAUUCGUACAGAAAAAGGAGGAGUUUGUCCGCACUUCUGUCGUUUCAGAGAAACAUAAAUCUUUCAUUGACACUAUUAGAGAGAUGCUUACCCACGAUGGACAAAAAGAGCACAGAAUUACUUCACCACCCCCCCCGCAGAUCAUUUCGCCUAUUCCCAAGAAGUACAUGUCGCCUCCAAAGGUUCUUGUCAACUCACUAGAUGAUGAGUUUUCCUCGGAACUCCAGGAUUCCGUUCCCGAGCCUUGUCCGCAGACAGCUCCUCUAAUGCCAAGAAGUUGGACCGAGGGUCGUGACUGGGACAUGACACCACCAGUCCACGGAACCAAAAAAGUAUACACGGACCCUACCCAACGUCAAGCAGAAGAAGACAGGUGCUCGAAACCAUCUCAAGAUCUCAUAGUCCAGAAAUAUCCACCGUUGCCGGUCCCACCAUUCCGAACGCUCUGGACGGUUUCGCGAUACUUGGACCUGAAGCAGAAGAUGAUAAGUGAACAUAGGAAAGAGGCAGGUAGGCGCUGGGCUAUCAUGAAGGCUGUUGAGAAGAAUCUGGAUUUUCAGAAGAAGCGUGAAUCACCGCUGUGGCCGCAUAACUGGAAUGUUUCUGUGCAGAAGGAUAGGGCAUAUAUGGAGAGGAUGAUUACGAGGGUGAACUUCUUGAUGAAGAGGCCGGAGUAG